AUGGGAACACGGAAUGUAUGGUAACUGCUAUACGUUUCUAGUGACCGGCCUACAAUACAGUGGCUUUGUUGGACCGCUUUACGGGCUAUCGCUAACACUGUAUGUUGCCGAUCGAGAGUAUCUAGCCAGGCAUUCUCAAGGUUCCGGUUUCAAAGUCGAAGUGCAUCCUGUUGAAUAUAUUCCCUUUCCGGAAGACAAGGGCUUUACGAUAUCGCCUGGCGUUAUGACGUCCGUAGGAAUAAAACAAAUGCGAAUAUCACGAAUGCCACUGCCAUACGAUGGAACGGAAUAUCACAAUGCAUUGCGAGCCGCUGGAUACAGUGGCCCUGUGAACUAUACGGCUCAAGCGUGCAUGAAAUCGUGCUACCAGAGACGCCUGGUAGAAGACUGCAACUGUGUCGAUCCAAGUUUUGUCACACGAGAUGAUAUUCACACGUUCUAUGCCAUCAAUAACAGUCAACCAUCGGCUUGUGAUAUGACACUCACAAGAUCGUUCGAAUGCGUCAGAAAGUCUCUGACGAAUUCCACAAACAGUGGCUUCUGCGAGAAACAGUGCCCGCAAUCAUGCCACGAACAAGGCUAUGUAUCACGCGAGCUGAAUUACGAGUCAGUUGUUGAAUCACCAUCGCAGGAUGUCUGGGAUUUGCUAUCCAAUAUUGGUGGCACUUUGGGCCUCUACAUCGGAAUGUCUUUUCUUACUCUUGGUGAAUUCGCCGAGCUAUUUGUGAAAUGUCUCGCACUUCCAGCACAAAAAGGGCUGCAACAAUUGGGCGCAUCUGUGGAUCGCCUGUAACA